AUGUCGUUCGGAAUUGCUGUUGGCGAUUUCAUCGCUGUUGGAAAACUGAUAAAAGAAGCUGUCGGCUGCCUACGGUCCGUAGGUGGAGCUGAGUCGGAAUAUCAGGAGCUGAUCAGAGAUCUCAACGCACUCGAUACAUCAUUACACCACCUCGAUCACAUCGAGGACGACACGAAUGCAUCCGCUCAUGUUGGCCCGAUCAAGAAUGCUACCACGAACUGCAGGUUACAGCUUGAAGGGUUCUUAUCGAGAGUAAAGAAGUAUGAAGGGUCUUUGGGCUCCGCCAGCCACGCAUCCACUUUGAGGGCUACAUCAGACAAGCUCGGUUGGCAUUUCCGUCGGAAAGAUCAGAUCGAACAACUUCGACGGGACAUUCACAUCUGCCACAGUAUCAUUAGCCUCCAUCUAGCGCAACACAGUCUUGAACGCCUGGAGAUCUUGCGCGUAACAACCGCAAUUGACUUCUCGCAUACAUCCGAACAGCUUCAUCACGCCCAAACCGCUCUUGAGCACAUCAACAAAGAGAACACGCGCCAGGCAGGCGUGUUGAGUGAUGUCCAAACACUGCUUCAAGACAUGCAUCAGUUUGUCUUCGGAGACGUCAGAUCGUAUUUGAUUCGUCUCUUCCAGCUCCUCAGCAGUACCCUUACUUCAACGCAGCAAAUUUACGAUGUUUUGCUUGAUAUCAGGAACAAGAUAUCAGUAGACACGCGCUGGACCUUCUUCCAGGCUCCCUUGGAAGUGGAAGACGCCUUCGGAGUCAAAUUUCCCAUUCCAACAGAGUAUGACUACGACCUGAUUGAUACCGUUAUUAAACACCGGUUCAAGAUCGGCGGGGGCUCUAUGGAGGUGAAGGCGGGGAACUACGAACUGUGUAGGAAACAAAACCGUUUUGAUAUCAUCAACGAAUCCUCCCGACUCCAGCCUGGAACAGCCAUCACGAUGUUCAUCAUCGUGAGCACCCGAAUCAUCAAAGAGGCAGUGUGGCCCAUACCUCAUUGCGAGUCCGCGCAGGCGAUCCCAUGCCGCGGAGGCGGGUCUGUAUGCUCCAAUCGCGAUGUAGACUACUAUCCGGCCAGCGACAUGUUAUCAAACAUCGAGGACGUCGUUACAAAUGGCGCGAAAUUAUUCCCCCUCAAACAGCUUGCGCAUACCCGCAACAAACCAUCCAACAUUGUCUCUUACAACAUCAUGGAGCGAAGCACACGACGAAACGUCCGAUGUGACCCGUUUGGAGACUAUCCUCCCGCCUACGGGCCGGUCGCUGGAGAUAUCGCCAAGAUUGACGUGUGUCUGUGGGAGGUCCUGUAG